GAAUAAAAAUACAAUUUUUCUCUGGCGAACUCCAAUGGCAAAACCCUAGGCCGCGAUUCCAUAAACCCUUGCUUUUAAUCUUCAAUUCCUCUUUUUGGCUUGAUCUCCUCCUUGUUCUCUCGCUUCGGAACGGAGUCUUGGGUGGAUUUGAUGUCUCAGUGCUGAUCCGAAGCCUCCUCUCCAUUCGUUCCCAUUCAAUUCGGUUUUUCACUGUGAAUGUGAGAAGAAGAGGUGAUGUUCGCGACAGCGGUGCGUUUCAUGGCGAAGAAGGGGAAGCCAAAGAUGAAACCCAUAGAGCUAAAGACGCCUCCUGAGCAAACCCAGACCAUCACCCGCACCAUCUUCGACAUCGUCAAGGAACACGGCCCCCUCACUAUCUCCGAUACCUGGCAACAUCUCAAGGAGGUAGGUGUGAGAGGGCUGACAAGCAAAAGACACAUGAAAAUUCUGCUAAGAUGGAUGAGGGAAAGGCAAAAACUAAGGCUCAUCUGUAACCAUGACGGUCCUCACAAACAGUUUCUUUAUACAACCUGGUUUACCAAUCCCAAGAUCAUGCCGCCGAGGCCCAGAACCAAAAGUGCAUCCUCUCAGCCAUAACUGAUAACACCAGAAAGCUAAGAAUGUGUUUCUCCAUUUAACUUUCUCAUUCCUUGUUGUCUUGUGCUUCUAAAUCAACCUCAUGCAAUUAGCUUUAAAUUUUCAUUUCUUCAAUGUGUUGAGGUUGAAGUUAGCAAGUCGGCAUGGUUGUAGAUUGUCUUAGAUAUUCUAAAUGCCAGUUCCUUCUGCUGCCACUCAGGUGCUCAUGUCAUGUAGUCUGGUUGUUCCAAUGGAAAAUCAGUAUCCUUCUGUUAUUCGUGAGAUGUUUCUUGCAUUUGAGUUUUGGUGCUUGUAAAUCAUGUGGUUUUCCCCGAAAAAUAGUACUAUUUCUUCUUUGUUAUGCCUCCUAUUUUGAAAGGGCUGCCCAUGUUAAUAAAAGAAAAAAAUGAUCACUAUUAAUAAACCAAAAAAAAAAAGGUUGGUUGGUUGUUCAUCUCUGUCACUAAGGACCUGUUUGGUUCCUAGAAGUGAGUUUGGAAGCGAUGGAAGUGGCUUCUAAACACUUGGGUCUGCUUGGUUGUUCAUUAUUUAUCAUGUGGCUUCUUAUAGUUGCAUGCUUAUCAUAAAUGUAUCAGUGAUUUGUUUUUCUACUUCAAAUAUGGGUUCAUAUCAUUACAGGCACCAACCCUAAUUUAUAUUACACCGCAUUCAGUUUGAACCGGGCAAUGAACAGUGUUAUAAACAUAUAUACUCUAUAGAUGGCAACUCAUAGUUGUUAAUUCGUUAGCAAGCAUGAUUUAUGAAACUUGCAGAAGCACGGUUAUAAUGCUAUAGUCAUAAUAUCAGAGACCUUGAGGUAGGAGAAACUAUUUGAUAAUCUUAGUGAAACUAUUUGAUAAAGUAGAAAAUUAUGUGGGUUUGUUCUAUGUUCUUAGAUACAUUUAUUUCAUGAACUAAUGGCUUUGUUUCUUGAAAUUCAAAUGUAUCAAGUUUCUUGAUUGUUCACAAAAAUCCAAUUACAUGAAAUCAUGAAUUUUUCUCUGAUAUCUUCCCGCUAACGUUCUUCAGAUGAUAUUUUGUCUGAAAAAUGUUUCUUGAAAACAUUAUCAAGAGCUAAUGAAAGAAUUUAAUCUUGAUUCAAGUCUUGUUUUCUGAUGACAGGCCAAGAGACCUGGUGGAAGCAGACUUGUUCAUCUGCUACAGCAGAGUUCAAUUGCGAAAAUCUGUCGCCACAAAAACCGAUUGGCUGGUUAUUCAUUUCCAGAACUUGUUAAACUUCUUGGAAUGAUUCAAAAUUGUUUUUUAUACAUUGCAACAGAUGUAUUUUUAUGCCAACGACCUUCGGGUCUAUUGGUACGCGGGUCGCCGAUAGAGCUCUCAUCGAGUGGUGAAAGUUUGAUUCUCGGCUGAGGGUAUAUUUCUGGGAGUUGUGAAUAGUAGUUGUGUACAAGUGGUUUCAGCGCCCACGUGAGCACGGUCCUGUCCUCACUUGUUCCACCGAGACUUGUGCACCUCUCUGAGGUCUCUAGUUGGUUCGCCCGCUGUUCUUCCCAAAAAAAAAAACACCUCUUCCCACAAA